CUGACGAUGAUCUUCCUACUUGUCGGGGCUGCCUCAGUCCCUGGUACCAGAGCGGUCUAUACGAUGAUACCCCGAUGGGGUCAUGCAACCACAUUCAUUCCGUCUCCUCCGACACUUCUCAUACAAGGGGGUAAGACGGACCCUACAGGGGAUUAUACCUACACCUCAGCUCCCAAUUCGGCGGACGUUAUCGUACUUCCUCUUUCCGAUACUUUUUCAACUUCCUCUGCACCUUUCAACCUCGUCUCCUCCUCAACAGCUCCUACAUAUGCCUGGCACUGUCUCUCACCACUACAACAGACUAGCGGACAAUGGUCCUUGCUCAGCUUUGGCGGAGAUGGAGGACCAACUGAAGCCGUUCAAACGCUCUCAGACUCUGCAUGGCAACUUUCGAUACCUUCGGAUUUCUCCUCACUUUCGGCAACCCAUGAAAGCGCUGGAUGGGGAGGACAACCUCAAAGAAGAAUAUACCAUUCUUGUGCCGCUACACAACAAGGGGGUAAAGUGUACAUCACUGGUGGAAUGAGGGACGACGGUUCCGGAAUGACCUUCGCGGACACAUUCGUCUUUGACCCAUCUUCCUCUACCUUCAACUCAUUUCCUGGUCUACCGCAAGGGCUAUUCCAUCAUGUAUCCGCCCUCAUGCCCAAUGGAACCCUCGUUGUCUUGGGCGGCACAUAUACCUCUACUCAGACCAGCAACCCUACCCUCCUUCCUCUGACGACCAUAUAUGUAUUGGACACCACCGCGCCGAGUCCUGUAUGGGACUCUCGAUCAUUGA